CACAUGUCAAAGAGACACACUGAAUCAGCAAGGGAGGGUUAUAAAAGCAUGGCAGCGCAAGCUCACAGUUGUCUUAGUGAGAAGAAGAGGCUCCAAUGGAUCCUUUUGUGGUCCUGUUGCUCUGUCUCUCUUUUUUGCUUCUCUUUUCACUCUGGAGACAGAGCUCUGGGAGAGGGAAGCUCCCUCCUGGCCCCACUCCUCUUCCUAUUAUUGGAAACAUCCUACAGAUAGAUGUUAAGGACACCAGCAAAUCUUUCGGCAAUCUCUCAAAAGUCUAUGGUCCUGUGUUCACCGUGUAUUUUGGCAUGAAGCCCGUAGUGGUGUUGCACGGAUAUGAGGCAGUGAAGGAAGCCCUGAUUGAUAAUGGAGAGGAGUUUUCUGGAAGAGGCAUUUUCCCAGUAUCUCAAAGAACUAGCAAAGAACUUGGAAUCAUUUUCAGCAAUGGAAAGAGAUGGAAGGAGAUCCGGCGUUUCUCCCUUACAACAUUGCGGAAUUUUGGGAUGGGGAAGAGGAGCAUUGAGGAACGUGUUCAACAAGAAGCCCGCUGCCUUGUGGAGGAGUUGAGAAAAAACGAGGCCUCACCCUUUGAUCCCACUUUCAUCCUGGGCUGUGCUCCCUGCAAUGUGAUCUGCUCCGUUGUUUUCCAGAAUCGAUUUGAUUAUAAAGAUGAGACUUUUCUCACCCUGAUGAAAAGGUUCAAUGAAAACUUCAGGAUUCUGGGCUCUCCAUGGAUCCAGGUCUGCAAUAUUUUCCCUCUCUUCUUGGAUUAUUUCCCAGGAACUCACAACAAAUUGUUUAAAAAUGUUGCUCUUACAAAAAGCUAUAUUGAGGAGAAAAUAAAAGAACACCAAGCAUCACUGGAUAUUAACAAUCCUCGGGACUUUAUCGAUUGCUUCCUGAUCAAAAUGCAGCAGGAAAAGGAUAACCAAGAGUCUGAAUUCACUAUUGAAAACUUGGUUAGCACUGUAGCUGAUCUAUUUGUUGCUGGAACAGAGACAACAAGCACCACUCUGAGAUAUGGACUCCUGCUCCUCCUGAAGCACCCGGAGGUCACAGCUAAAGUCCAGGAAGAGAUUGAUCAUGUAAUUGGCAGACACAGGAGCCCCUGCAUGCAGGAUAGGAGCCACAUGCCUUAUACGGAUGCUGUAGUACACGAGAUCCAGAGAUACAUUAACCUUGUCCCUGCUGGUGUGCCCCAUGCGGUGACCACUGACAUUAAGUUCAGAAAUUACCUCAUCCCCAAGGGCACAGCUAUAAUGUCAUCACUUACUUCUGUGCUGUACAGUGACAAAGAAUUUCCCAAUCCAACGACCUUUGACCCUGGCCACUUUCUGGAUAAAAAUGGCAACUUUAAGAAAAGUGACUACUUCAUGCCUUUCUCAGCAGGGAAACGAAUUUGCGCAGGAGAGGGACUCGCCCGUAUGGAGAUAUUUUUAUUCCUAACCACAAUUUUACAGAACUUUAAUCUGAAAUAUGUUGGUGAUAUAAAGAACCUCAAUACUACUGCAAUUAGCAACGGGAUGGUUUCUUUGCCACCCCUGUACCAGAUCUGCCUCAUUCCUGUCUGAAGAAUGCUAGGUCAUCUGGUUGCAGAUCUGCUGUCACCUGUAACUUUUUAUCAAGGACAUUCCCACUAUUAUGUCUUCUCUAACCUCUCAUCACAUCUUCUGAUUCCCUCAAUAUCCCCAUGAGCAUUCAACCUCCAUUAAGGAGAGUUGUUCAGGUCAUUGCACAAAUAUAUUUGCAAUUAUUCAUACUCUAACACUUGUAUUGACUGCUAUAUAUGCUAAUACUUUUCUAGUACUGAUGUUUUAAUGUUAUCACUGUAAAACACAGAAAACUGAUUAUUGAUAAUUUAGAUAUAUUUCUUUUGUGAAUGUGCUAAAUAAAAAGUGUUAUU